CCACCCACAAUGCAUCAUCGCUGGAGCCACAGCGCUGCCAUGUUUGUACUCUGGUCGUGGACGGGGAUUUUUGCUGCAUAGAAGCCUUUGCCUUGGUUGCCUCACGUCUUGUAUCGUUGUACUGGUGAAAUGCUCAAUGCAAUCGCCAAUCUUACAACGUUAGCCAGAGUCUAAGCUGGACGCACCUUGCACCAUGUCAGCCAACGCUCAGGAUUAUGACUUUGAUGAAUAUGACAAACCUGGUGCUGAACGCUCACGCAGGAGGAGAGGAGAAGAUGAUGAUCUAGAGAGUGAUUUGGAGGAGGAUUUACUUGAGGAAGACUGGCCAUCAGGUAAAAAGAAUGUCUCAGAAGUGUCAGAUGAAGAGCUGAAUGAUGACCUUCUGCAAAGUGACGAUGAAGAUGUGAAUAUCAGUGGUCAGGAUGUGAGCCUUAAUGCCACAUACAGCCUGGACACAUCCUAUGACCAGCAGGACAACUUGCAGGAAGAAGACUACACAGAUGAUGUUGUGAACUUGGGUGCAGAGGGUUAUGAGGAAGGGUACCAGCAAGAGGGGGAAGAGCAGUACAUGGAGGAAUACAGCCAGAGCAAUGAUGCUGGGAUGCCUGAAGACCAAGUGGAUUACACUGAGGGUGAAGAUGGCUGCCAGGAUGAAGUGCUAGACAUCCAAAUCAGUGAGCCAAUUGAUAGUGAAUUUCAAGAUGAUGAAUAUCAAACCUCAUAUGACCAUCAUGUUGAUGAACAUGGAGUCCAUCAGGAGGAGGACCCUGAGGAGCAUGUAGGGGGAGAAGGGCAGCAUGAAGAGGAGGAACACGCUGCAGAGAGCUCACAAGGCUUCGACACAGAAGAGUUUGAAAAUGAAGCUGUUCCUGAAGAAGAAACAAAGGAAGAAUCAGAUGAGGAGGACGAAGAUGAUGAAGAGUCUGGACGUAUACGGUUCAAGUCAGAGAGAGGAGAAGGCGCAGUUGUGCGGCUGGCUGACGUUGGCAGUAAAAGGAGGAAUAUUCCUGAAACGCUAGAGCUUUCAGAGAAGGCCAAACAAGAUCUGAUGCAGUUUGAGGCACAAGAGCAACAGAAGAGACAAAAUCGUUUUGGUGGUCGGGGGAGAGGAGGAGGAGGAGGUGGCGGUGGAUGGAGUAGCAGAGGAAGAGGAGGUUUUGUAAUGUCAGACUUCAGAGGGGGACACAGAGGAAGAAUGAAUGACCAGAGGUUUCCCCUAAUGGGUGUGCAGCAGCAAUCAUCUCGAAUGCCUCCUCCUCAUCAGCCUCAUCAUCAGCAAAUGCAGUCCCAGCAGCACCACCUUUCACGUCCAAGAGGGCCACCUCCCUUCCAGGGGCAUGGGCGCCCACUAUCCCAGCAGCCCCUUCAGCCCCUCAUCCCCCCACACAUGACUCACCGCUCCCCUCCGCUGCGACCCCAGUUGGAGCCGCCACCACGGAUGAUGAGCUCCCCACCACCCAACUUUCCACAGCAUCACCAGCAGCAGCCUCCACAACCCAAAAAUAUUCACAUUAACCCCCAUUUCAGAGGGCCAGCCUCAUCCUCUGUGCAAGUGCCCUUGAUGCCUCCUGUUCAGAGCCAGCCCAGACCUGCUGUGGGUCCUCAGAGGUUCCCAGGCCCGGGAGACUUCCAGCAGCACAUGCCUGGUAAUUUUGGUCAGCCCCAGCGGCCCCCUCAUCUCAUGGAGCCUUUUAGGAACCAGCCACCACAAGGACCUCAGGACAGAGAGACACUUUUUAUGGGAGAUCGCACAGAGUCAACACGGUUUCCAGGGCAGCACAUGUUUGAUCACCAGGGCCCCAACCCUCUGAUGAACAGCAGCAACAACAUCCACCAGCAGCAACAGCUGCCUGGUCAGGGCCACAUGGGCUUUGGCCCACCUGGACCAGCCUUCAGCCAGCCGAGCCAGGGCCCGCUAGGACUGUUUCCGCGAGAACCCCCAAGACCCAACCUCCCUCCUCACCAAGGUCACCAGGGGAUGGCCGGCUUGAAUCAACAAGGUGGCCCCCCUAACCAGCCCAGGCCUUUCAUGGGCCCCCGUCAGCCGUUUGGCCAACAGGGAAACCUUUUCCCCCCUCCACAAGUUCAGUUUGGGAUGCAGGUACGGCUAAGAAAUUUAAUGCCCGGCCCCCCUAUGUCCCACAAUCCAUUGCCAUCCCAUCAGCCUAUGCACCAGCACCAGCAACAGCAGCAGCAGCAGCAGCAGCAGCACCACCACCACCACCAUCACCAUAGGCAGGAGUUGCCCCAUCAUCAUAAUCAGCAGCAACUAAAUUUCAAUGAGCCUCGACCCAUGAUGCACCAUGGUGAAAAUCCCUUCCAUCAACAACAGGCACACGGCAGCCCCAGGCAUAUGACUCCCCAUUCUCAGAAACCCCAACAGCUCAGCAUGUCCAACCGGCAGAGGAUGAACACACCUGUCUCUAAGCAAAUGCAGCAGCGCAACAGCAACUUGAGGGAGCUCCCUGUAGCACCUGGCAACGCAAGCAUGAACAGUGCCCGCCCCGCCGCCACCCCCACCUCCCCAUCCACCAACGUCAGGCCUGUUGCCAGGACAACACAGGGGGUGCGUCCUAGGCAGAACAUGCAGCCGAUUCUUGACAGUGGUAGAGGACGAGGCCAAGUUGCUGCCAGCCCUCAGUUGCAGCCUGGGGGAACAAGCAGGACAGUGGUUCAUAAGGAAAACCCAAGUACAGCACCACAGGACCCCGAUGAGGAUGAGGAGACUCGGCAGUAUCGUCUGAAGCUUGAGGAGCAGAAGCGUCUGAGGGAGGAGAUCCUGAAAAGGAAGGAGUUGCGGCGGCAAAUGCAGGCUGGCGUCAGGAAGCAGGAGCUGCUGUUAAGACUUAAUUCCCACACUCCCAGCCAGAACCCAGCUCCUGCGCAGGCUCAGCCUGUACAACAAAAUCUGCAAAUGCCACACCCUCUUCAACAGCAACCACCACCACAACAGCAGCAAGCAGAACAAACGCAGCAGCAGAAUUUACAUCCACAGCGGCAGUUUCCUCAGAGAAUACAACAAUCAUUAAACCAGUCAUUAAAGAAUCCAAAUCAAGGUGCCCCGAUUCCUCCCAGUGGUGAUGCUCAGACUCCUACACUGCGUCAAAAUGUCAAGUCACGCCUGCAAAUGGUCAAAUCUAACAACCAGCAGCAAAUGACCCCAGGUCCUGGUCAAGACCUGCAACUGAAUCAGCCCCAACAAAAUCAGCAGCAUCUGCAACAGCCACAACAGCAGCUACAGGGAAGGAACAGUGCUCUGCAGAACAUAAACAGACCUGGCCCUCCACUCCUGUCCAGUCCAAAGACCGUACCUAUGGGCCCUGCUCAGGCUCAAGCUCAGUUUCAUAAUCAAGGACCCAAACCUGGAGCUAAAAGAACUGUUAUGCAGCGGACCAGGAAUCUUGGUGCUGAAGGCCAGCAGGUGCCACAGAAAGUCAGGGUGGUCAAACUUUCAGGAUCGAGUGGGAAGAUGGCUGAGACCACCGGCAGCCCAGUCCAGCAACAAGGUACCUGUCCAAUAACACCGCUCAUCCAGGGAAUUCAGAGGAAGGUUACCAUGACGAACCAGUCGCCGCAGGGACCAGGCGGAACGCUGCAUGCCGGCCGAGGGGGCCUGGGAAACACACACCAAAACAGGGUCGUUGUGUCGGGCCGGGGUCGAGGUAGAGGGGGCAAUCAGAUGGGUCGAGGGCGUCCAAUGCCCACCAGGCAGAGCCAAAGGAGUGCAGAGAGCGGACGCUGCACUGUGUCCAUAGAGGGGCUCUCCUCGUCCACAUCCGAGGUCCAGCUGCAGAACCUUCUCCGGUCCAUCGGCCCAAUAGAGAUGUUUAAAAUGAUGCCGCAGCAGAGGAAGGCCAUUGCCAAAUUUUCCAGUCCCCAGCACGCAGCAAGUUUUCAGAUGAGCUUCCACAGGCACAUGAUUGAUUUAUCCCACAUUGAUGUGUCACUCAUUGAUGGAUGAGGAGUUCGCUAGAACCAGGGAGUACGUUUGCAAGACGAUCUUCUCAUGUGGGAGCAUCUCAUGCACAUCUCCAGUUUGGCAAAAGUGCAUUUCUUCGUGCCCUUUGGGGUGAAGGAGCAUCAUUCGCAAUCAGCUUCUCCGCGCAGACGCAUCAUUUGCCUCCCAACGCGGUGGAAGCGUGAACGUAAAGACACAUGAAGCCUGUGUGGAACUGUUUCCUGUUGUAAAAAGCCACUGCAGAGACACUGGACGGUUACCUGAUGUAGGUUAACGACUUGUACAGCUUAGGUGCACACUUGAGUAGAGUAUCUCACGAGGUAAUGGUUGCUCCCCUUAUCAGUACGAUUCAUAUUAUCAAAGCUAAAAAAAGCACUCGAAGGUUGUAAUCGCAAUGUGACCACUUCAGCUUCUUAUUUAAAACUAUCUGCGGACUCGGUGUUUGACUUGUAGCAGAGCGUGAAGGCCCCUUUUUCUCAGCAGUGUUUCUCCUUCGCUGUAGAUGGCAGCAUUUCAUCACUGUUGGUGCUUCUAUGUAACCCAGGCUUUCAGGUAGAAAUCACUCUCCCAGCUGUGUUUGGGUGAAUGGCACGGCCUGGUGGAGAACUUGCACAUAGGCACAGAGGUGGCUGAAUAAGCACUAUUCAGCAGACAUUGUGGUGGCUAGAAACAAACUAGUGCACAACAUAACAGGUAACGUUUUCGGCGUCGUGUUGAUUAUUUUGUAAUUUAAGUUUCUGUCCCCGUUUUCAGUGUUCACCUCGCUCCUUUGAGUUCUAUUUGGUCGUUUGCCCAUACUCGUUAAAUGAUAGUGGAUGUUUUAAUUGUUUACCUGAACACAGUUAGGAAAUAUUUUAGUUGUAUAUUUGAUUAUGGUGGAGUUUUCUAAUCUGUGCCCGCUUGUGCUUUAAGAGACAGCGUAUGUACAUUUUUUUUAGUAUUGCAAGUGAAUUAUCUCCUUAUUGAAAUUUAGGUGUUUUUCGUCUUCCGUAGAUCAUAGAUUAUCACAGGUUGUACACAUUUUUAAUACAUUUUUGAGCUUUUCUCUUUCCGGAAUACCUGGUCCGAACUUCUGUGUGCUGAUAAUUUGGUAUCUUAUCACUACACUGUAUAGUGGAGGUAAAAUAGUUCUUUGUAGAUGCCUGAUGUAAGAAGCUAAAAGAUGAAGGAUAAUACUUGAACCUGUUAUUUUAGAUGUGCUUCUUCCUCCGUAUGGUACUAAUGGAUCUCCAGCCUAUUGUACACUCACUGGGGUUUGAUUUGGUUUUCUGAGCAUCCAUUUGUUUUGGAGAACACUGCCACAUCAUUGAAAACUAGUGCAACUUCGUGUCUGGCUGCAGUUUGAUUUUAGACAUUAUUAAAUUUGAAACUUUUUCCAUAAUCCUAUGAUUUAUUUUUUUGUAGCGAUACACUUCGUCAAUUGAGUUUAAAGUAAAAAACGGAAUCGUCUGAAUCAGUGAAUCAAUGAUUUAUGUUAAUCCUACUUCACUAUUCCUCGAAAUGUGACACAACACGGUGAGGGGGCAACCAUUAUCUGCACAGUGAUCAAGUACAUACGUAGGCCAGACAUGUAACGUUUGUUCUCUUAUAAUUCUUUGGUUAGUCUUUACUCAUGUUGUAUGAAGCUAAACAUUUUUAUAUGUAAGGAUAUGCUGACGUUGCCAGACAUGAAUAAUUUUACCAGUGUUUUGAAAAUGGAUUUCAAAAAUGACUGGACCACAUUUCUGUUUAUAAGGUAUUUGACGAAAAGUUUACAGAAAAAAAGUAAAAUAAAAACAUGGCCAAUAUACCGUGAACAUGCAGGUAUGUGAAGCCGGUUGAACUUUAGUCCAAAGAUGUGUGGUUGUGUGUGGUGUCCAUGCUUCUGGUGCCUUAUCAGAUGGAGUGUCUUUCUAACCUGUGCUGCAUUUGUACAUUUAUUAAUAUUUAACAUUGCACUACAUAUAAUAUAGAAUUUAAAAACUUAUUUGAACCACUCAUGAAUAUUUAUUCUUAUUUGGGAGUUCAUACAUAGUAGAAAUAACUUUACAAUAAGUUCUGCCACAUCAAGUUAAAGGGGAAUGCCACUGAAUUUUGUUGCCGAAAUCAAUUGUAGAAAAGCAAAUUGAACUGUGAUGUCAUACUGAUUCACACAUGGGUUGGUAAUUAUAAGAACACAAACAACGCUCAAUGAUUACAAUGUUGAAGUUCAGGUUUUUACUUUUAUUUCUGUCUAAAACAAACCUUUGAUUUUGCAUCUGGGUGACAUCACAGGUUACCUUUGAAGAAAUACUGCAUCAUGUUCAAAAAAUUCAAUGCAUGUCGAUCUAAAUCCUAAAUUUAGUGGUGUUUCCCUAAAAUACAAUGCAGCCCAGUAUUUUAAAAUGUACCACACUUACACAGCUCUUGCCAAUAGAAAUCAGUGGAUUCUCAGCUUCUAGUUAAGACAAACGAGGUGUCUGAAAAUGUUGAAACUCCUGAACUUCCCAAUUAGUUUUUGUAAAACUUGAGGUUGUGUGGUUUCCAGUUGUUUGUAUGUUGUACAUCUGUGCUUUACUGACUCCUUUGUUUUAUUCCUUUGGUUUUGAGUUGAAUUGUUGUUGAGGUUUUGUUGUUUUCCAUGUUGUGGGUUUAAACUUGCCUUGUUCUUUUAGUGCUGUGGUAAAUCCUGUGGAUUUGAAAACGUAUUGGCAAUGCCAGACAGUGAUAUUGUUAUAAGACACCUGGUCUUGUACUAAGACAACAGAUUCACAUUGAAUCUAUUUGUACCUUUUAAUCAUAAGGCGUAUUUCUAAUAUGUACCUUGAACUUUUAGAUACGAUGACUUAUUUCUCAGGAGUAAUUUUCAUGAGAAAUACAUGGUGCUGAUUUAUGACUCUUUUCACAGUAGUAGGAUCUUUAACACCAUCAUAUGUUAAUAUUAGGGUGAUAAGAUCAUGGAGUCAUUUGCCAAAUGUCCAUCAGACUGUUUUUUGCUUGCUUAUGAGACUUUUUUUUCUGGCCAGUAACUAAACUCUAGCCUUGGGUACUACACCGCACACUGCCCGAUGUGGGUUCUACUCCAAACUAACCUUUUAAAUGUUUUCCUGACAGGUCCCUUUGGUGAACCACUAUAAUGAUAGUGAUGGGCUGUAGCAGAAAUAAUAAUGAAUUUCUUUUUUUUUUUCAGGGCACUUCUGCUUGAACGCAACAGAAUCAGAGGCGGUCAUCAGUGGUGUCAACCUCAAACGCAAACCUAAACAACCAAACCAGGAGUUUUGCAUCUUUUUAAAACCCGGCUUAACAAACUCAGCAUUUUAGAUGUUUCUAGAUAUUGCUUUGCCUGAAGCAGCUGUCACUUAAUUUAAACGCUUAUGGAAAUUAAUUUGAGUUGGGCCGUUAGUUAAUACGCCACAGUUUUACCAGUUUAUUUCUCUUGUGUAAUCAGCUUUGCCAACUGCUACUAUGUAUCUGCUGCAUGUUGAUGCAGCUCCAGCUACCAGACUUUCAAAAGUGCUGCUGUUUGCUUUAAGUAGCGGUUGCACCUUUUUAAAGUUGUCUUCAUUUUAUCACCAGAGGAUUUUUUUUGUAUCAGCAAAAGUGUUGUUAAAUUACCAACGUUUCCUUUUUUGGAGUUUUACAUUAUUCAUGCUUAUCCCAAGUGUAGCGUGUGUGACUCUAAAUGGGAAGUAAUGAUUACACGAGAGAGAGAAACUGGUGGAGCAACAAAAAUGCACAGCUGCUGGACUGGUCUCACUGGGCUGUUUGAGGUUGAAGCUGCACCAAUGUUUUAUUUCGGAAGGGUACAGUUGAAAAUGCUUUUGUAUGUAAACCCAUCCCAGGUGUUACGUGGGUGGUUAACAGUUUUCUUUCAGCAGGGGGAGGAGCCAUUUAGGAGCCUCAUCUCUGACUGCUUCUCCCACCUAACGAACUAACAACCCUUACAGCCGCCCAGCCUGCAGCCUAGGACAGAAGACUUAACUUGAACUUGCCUCCCUCACUCAGUAGGUGUUGCCGCCUCAGGAUUUUGGCCCCUCUCUGCCGUCCUGCCUCUUCUAUCACACAUAACUAUUGCUGGUCUUGUCCUCGUUGCUGCCAUUGUUGAAUCAACCUAAGACUUCUGUAUGGAGCAGGGUGGCCUACCUGGAUUACCAUUGUUUGUUAACCCUUUGGAUGGAGGUUUCCAUGUCUGUGACGGCAGCCGGGGUCACAGAGCAGACACAAUACUCUAAAGUCGUUUUAUGGCUUUCACUGCACCAAAGUUCAUCCCAGCUUUUUGACAUUUUUGGUUGGAUGUCGGAUCAGAGACGCUGCAGUAGUUUGCUCAUCCCGAACGCUGCACCAAACUGAGUGACAAUCCGAACUAUUGGGUUUUGACUGACACUGCUGAUAAAGCAUAUGCCGUGUCUGCAGUCUUCACUCUGAUGAGUCAUAUGAAGUAUUCAUGUUUUGGAUUGGAAUACUCUGACAUCAUUGUAAAAGUACUUGUGAUACUGUAAACUUUAUAUGUGUGAAAUGGAAACGCUUGGUUUAACAAGUGUUAAACUUGAAACCAGAAACAAAUGUAAAAUAAACUUUUUUUAUGCAAAGCA